GAGAGAGAGAGGAAGAGCAGAGUUUUCUGCGAAACCAUGGAGUGUGCCGGGAAGGGACUGGGUACUCGGUGCACGGGCCCACCCACCAGACGAUGUGCUCGCUGUGGAGCCGUCGCUUACUGCGCCGUAGCUCACCAGCGAUUGCCCGUCCUACUAUAUAACUUUUUGGCCUAGAUUGCGCAUUGGCCUGAGCACAAAGAAGAGUGCGGAAGGUUAGAACAACAUAUGAAGCAUAUGGACACCUUGAAUGAGUUUCCAUUCACUUUUACUCAAGAAGCUACGGUUCAGGUGUGUGAAAAGCAGGAGACGAGGUGUUCAGUCUUGGAAAAAAGAGGGGUCCAUCAAAUGGGAAUGUGGUUGUAUGAAUGUUGUUGCGGGGAUUCAGUUAUUUCGUUUGAUUGUUUAAGGUUGAAUAGUUCUUGGGAUCUCUCGAAUACCUUUUGCCCUUGUACUGAACCUUCAGUUAUGAUAUCAGAGUGUUUAACCAGUUGGAAGGAGUACUAUGAGUGGAGGUCCAUCCCGCUGCAUUCACCUGUUGCAUUGCUUCUCCAUUGGCCUCUUACAAUUUACUACGCCACUCAAGUAGCUGGUUUGGGAAGCUGGACUUCUGGAAUCAGCGAGAAAUUGUACAUACAUUAUCUUGGCCCUGAGAAAGAGCUUCUUCAGCUUUCUCUCUUCUCAGAGUUGCAUGCGCUUUUCCCUAACAGGAACGUGCAUUUAGAGCUUAUUGGGCCUUUGAUUCCACAGCAUAGAGAUGGCGAGAUGAUCACAUUGUCUGAUUAUGCACAUUGCAUUGAUAGAGAUUGCAUUUGUAAAUCCUCAAGUAAGACUGUCAGCGGGGAUGUACAUACUAGUGAACCUUCAGCAGUAACAUUGCAACUUAGAAGCGGCUUUUAUCAUGACCGUUACAUGGAUAUAACUAAGGAUUCAUCACCUCACUUAGUCAUUGCUCCAAAUGCAGGAAUUGCGGCCUAUUCAAGCUGGUUACCGACUAUUGAGCUAAUAAAGGAUAUGAACAUCCCAGCAGUUUUUUCCGAUUACUGCAAAGAAGCUUGUCAUCUUGGAGCUCGUUGCAUAAGCAGCAUAACUGGCCGUCCUCUCAAUAUCCCUAUUCAGUUAAAUCCGUUUAGGCAGCCGAUGGUGGUGGAAGACAGUGUUCUUGUUCUUCCUUGCUACUCGAAUUGCUUCCUCUACGGGAUGUCAAAUUGGGGGGUCUAAAAUCAUACAUUGUUUUGUAGAUCGCCGGCUGCUUCAAAUGAGGCUGCCGCGUCUCUUGACGAAAAGGAGGGCAAGUUAUCAAGGUUGACGAAACCCAUUUCGUGAUGAUUUUUUCUUCAAAUUGUGUGAUAUAUCUCAGUCAAGAGAUUUGACAAAAUUGUAUAAGUUCAGUUGAUGAUGUAAAUAUCUAUUUAUAUUUAUUGCAGUUAGAGCUUGGUGAUGUUGUA